GGACGGCUCCUGCUCCUGAGAUCAAGACGCUGCCUCCUCUGACUAUGGCCUCAGCUCCGACUCCUGUUCCUGUGAACCCGACUCCUGUUCCUGUCACCAAGGUAGAAACUCUACCUCCUGGGAAACGUAUCCUGCAGAACAAGUCCAAGACGAAGUGGAGAUUCACUCCGAUUGCCAAGUGGGGUCAUACUGACCCAGCAACACUGAAAUCGGUGGAAAUCAAAUCAUCAUCCAUUCCAAGUCCGACUCCAGUCCUACCGAGCCCUACACCAGCUCCUGUUCCUGAGGCUACGACGCGGGAUCCGAUCCUAACCUCCAAG